AUGGCUGACAAAGUCGACUACGUCAUCCUGCGCGUCUCGGGAACCACGGAGCAACGCAACAACAUCGCCACGCUCAUUGUCAGUCCGAAAAAAAACGGGCAAUAUCCUACAAAUUUUAGCUUUUUUGCAGUACGGCGACGGCGAGCAGGACUACCGCAACACGUCGAUCGGACUCGGCGCCUACCGCAUCACCUCCGCGGAUCUGCCCGAGUUUGUGCACAAUGCGAUCAACGAGGACGAGAGGUCGCGUCGCGCCGGCAUCCGUUCCGAGCACGUCGACGCCUCGGAGCUCGAGAGCGUUUCCGGACGGCUCGGAGACGUCGUCCGUGCUGUCAACGCCGCCUUGUGUAUGUGGUUUUGCAAAUUCAGAGCUUAGCGAUAAAAUUCGGUGCAAUUCUAAGUAGAAAAGCAUCCAGAGAUGGGCAGGCGCGCUGUUGCUGUACCUACCUCAACCCAAGGGUCAUACGCUUUUACUCUAGGAUCUGGACAUUUAGGGGGACCUUUCGGAGCGUCUAUUUCUAUAUUUUCUCUGCUGAUGGACUGUUGAGAGACUGAUGAGCCAGCAAGAUUUUUGAAAAAAAAAACGUAGAAAGACUUAAUAAAUCUCGAGAUUGUUGAUGAAAAGAGCAAAUACUAUCGGGGCGUUUGGAAGUGAAUGCUCCUCUGUUGAUAUUGUGAUUUUCAGUCGGGCGCCAAUUGAAAACAGAAAAUUCUUAUAGAAUUCGAAUGAAAAGCAUCUGAAACUCGUUUCGCGGCUGCAAAAUUAGGCACCGGAGAGCACAAAAAGAGAGGUUUCUCAACAGAGCGCAUUUACUUUGAAAUGUCCCGAUAGUGAAACUAUAGAAAAUACCAUCUAUUUACGAUCUUUGUUGCAGUGAAUCGCGACGAGCAGGAGCCCGAGAUCGCGUACUACGGAGCGGCGCCGUCCGCCCCAUCGGGAACCCGUGGCCGUGGCCGUCCGCCAGGCAAGACCGCCAAGACGGCGCAGAAGGCGGCGGUGAGUCGCGGCGGCGACGAGUCGGACGAGGCCGGCUCGGACAAGCAAGACGACGAUGAGGACGCGCCGCCAGUGCGUCGUGGACGCGGACGUCCGCCGAUGAAGAAGGCGAAAAAGACGACGGAGUCGGUGGUGACGAAGAGAAAGCGCGGACGUCCGCCGACGAAGAAGGACGGCUCGGACAAGGAAGAAGACGUCGACGAGGACCUCGCCGAUAAUAUCGAGCACGUCGACGACAGUGUUGAGCACGUCGACGAGGACCUCGACGACAGUGUCGAGCACGUCGACGAUAGUGUUGAGCACGUCGCCGAGGAGGCCGACGAUUAA